CUCGGCUCUGGUGGCCCGCAGCGAGAUGCACAAGCCACGCUCACCCAUAUUCCGCAGAGGCAAAAAAUGCCGCGAUACAACACAUAACAUCACGAUGUCACAUGGCGCCAAUUGAGUUUGACACCCGUGAUCUAGACCUUCAUCUUGAGCCUGACAUUUAAAAGCAAAUCUGAAUCAUGACGUAAUUGAUUGAUUAAUGACCUAAGGUGAUUUUUUUGUUUUUCUUCCUCCUCCUUAUCAAAAGCUUACAGACCUUCUUGUUGGAUGGGAACUUCCUCCAAAGCCUUCCAGCCGAGUUGGAAAGGAUGCAUCAGCUUAGUUAUUUAGGACUCUCUUUCAAUGAAUUCAGUGACAUUCCUGAAGUCCUGGAGAAACUGACUGCCAUGGACAAACUCUGCAUGUCUGGGAAUUGUAUGGCGACACUACAUUUGCCAAUACUAAGGAAAAUGCCACACAUAAAACAUAUAGAUCUAAGGUUAAAUGUGAUUAGAAGAUUGAUGGGAGAUGAGAGCGACUUCCUACAUCAUGUGACCCAGCUCGAUCUUCGGGAUAAUAAGCUAGGAGAGUUAGAUGCAACCAUCUUCAAUAACAUUGAAAUACUGCACUGUGAAAGGAACCAGCUGGUAGCCCUCAAAAUCAGUGGAUACUUACUUAAAGCUCUUUAUGCCACUUCAAAUGAACUCGUUCACCUCGAUGUGUAUCCAGUUCCAAAUUAUCUCACCUAUUUGGAUGUUUCCAG